AUGCCCAGGCUUGCCUCUGCCUCUAAUACCCCCAACGAUACCAACAACCACAAUUCUCCUCGCAUGUCCGACGUUGCCCUCAGGAAAAAGAAAAAUGCAGAUGCUCAGGCUGCUUUCAGAGCAAGGCGAGCGAAUUAUAUCUCUACCCUCGAGGAAACAGUUACCAACCUCGAGUCGGUCGUGUUGCAGCUUCAAGAUUCAUGUCGUGAGGCCCGUGCUGAGGCACAAGAGCUACGACAAGAUAAUGCCCGUUUACGACACGCUUUUCGCGAACGCGAGAAUCUCUGGCGAGCAAUGUGGCCUCGCAAAUCAGGUCACGGUCCCGACACUGAUGACCCUCCACCGCCGCCGCCGCUGUCUUACCCACAUCCUGCUAUCAAUGGUCAUUUGGGAUCUUCACAGCUCUCGCAUUACGGCUCAGACAGCAUGCCAUAUCGUCCCAGUGAGGAUCCGUCGAUGUGUGGUAGUCAAUACCCAGCACCGAAUCCACCAGCUCUUACUUAUGUCGAGAACGAAGUUUCCCCGGACGGUUCUCAGCCACUGGCCUCUCGCGUUGCAAAGUACAAUUCCUAUUUUAACCCAGUCACGUCCUCUCCUCGCGACGGUUCUUGGUCCCAGGGUAUGGGCCAAACUUCACCGGGAGAACAAGGGCUACCGCCGAAUACCAGCCACUCAUCAGGUUCGCCGCACUUUGCUGGAUCGCCCACAAUCACGUCUUCCGAGAUGUCCUAUGUCGGGCGGUACCCUGUUGAGGACCAAAAGGCUCCCUUGAACACGCUUGAAACGAAUCCUUAUGUUUUUCCCGCUAGUCGUUCCAUUUCACCCUCCAGCUCGACGCCCCCUUCAUCAUCGUCUGCGACCUUGAAUCCCCCGUUUCAGUUCAACUUUCCGGAAAAUGGCGCCUCCUCCGAUCGUGCUGACUUUGAUUAUCGCCGGCAAGGUGAGGUUAUGCUGCAUGGCGGUACAGCUGAUAUCUCUCUUGCCGGUCCCGCCAGCGAUGCCGUUCGCUACAGGCUAGGCACAAAACGAACGCACUCUGGUGCUGACCGCCCACUACUUCCUAUACUUCCCUCCUCUUUCUGCCAUCGGUUGCGCUCGCGUCGGGGUGCGCCGCUCCCACGGAACUCUCGUUCCCCGUCGCCCGGAGGCGCUCAGCAGCUAUCGGGAACCCUCGCUGUUAUAAAGGCGCAGGCAUUUGGUGCGCUGCGUAGAACUCGUACGCGUACCAAAAAGCCAUCGGACGGGGCGGCCAAAGUUGCCAUAGAUGUUCUCGAAGCUCGCGGCCUGGGAAUGGGGGUUCCGACACCUUCUAAACGGCCACGGCUUAGUGAUGACCUUGACUUGGAUUCAUGA